AUGGACUCAGUCAACGCGGCGCUUCGGUUUCAAACGGGAGAACCAGGAUUCCCCAACGCGCCUCAAACGGGGAAACCAGCAUCAUGCUUCGACAUGCUUCAAAAGGGGGAGCUGCAAGGCAGCAGCGCGCUGGCAGCGGAUUGGAGCAGCAUCAGCCGGAACGAGCUGAGCCUCAUCCAAGCAGCUCUGCAGCGCGCCGAGCACCCUGGAUUGCCACUGGGUGACUCUUCUUUGAUCGCCGCGCAGCAAUUUCCGAGUGACUUGGAGCCUGCGUUAACCGCGGCGCACCCCGGACUGCCACUGGGUGGCUCCGCUUUGACCGCCAUGGCGCAGCGGCAAGGGCUGGGUGACACCGAGCCGGCUUUAAUCGCGGGGCAGGCAGCGCGGCAACAGAGAGUGAAGGAGAGAGAGAGUUCGGCUGCAGAGACAGCACCCUCUGCAGCGCUUUUUGAGGCGCCUCAAAAACCCUCUGCAGCGCUCCUGCAGGAUGGGUAUGGUGCUCUGGGGCAGCUAUCUCCAACCACCCCCCUGCUGGUUCAAAUCUCGAAUGAGACCUGCGGCAGUUCCCUUUCGCCCCUUCCUUCGCCACUCAACACCUCCCUUCCUCCCCCUGCUUGUCGCACCUUCACCCUGCCGUCGCUUCCCCCGGUCCUGCACCCAUCAACAGCGCUGAGGGCUCGCUGCAGUCCCGGCUUUGUGCCAUCCGGCUUUGUGCCAUCUUUUGGCACGAAGCGAAGGCUGUUAGCCGCCCAGAUUCAUGAUCUUGCGGAUAUGGAGGCUCUUCAGCAGAGGCAAGCAGCUAUUAGCAGUCUCUUCAGGCGACUCCAAGCGCAAUCACCUGGCAGCACCGCUCUGCACCGCUCCGUGUCUUCAGAGCUGCGUUUUGAACCGUCUCAAGGGCUGUCGCAACCGCAGCAGCACCCCCGCAGCAGCACCUCCCUAAUGCAACCAUCAGUGCAACCAGCAGCAGUGCAACCAGGGUCCUUCCAGGCACACGCGCACAAGCCUUUUCCCCCCAAGUCCUCUGGCCUCCUGCCGUGCACCCAGCAACCGUUCUCUCCAGAUUCUCCACAAAUUCAGGCAGCAGCAGCAGCGUUUCGGUCGCCCUCAGCAGCACCCCGGGAAUCAACGCCAGGAGGAAACACGGGCUUUAAGUCGCCCUCUGCAACCCCAGAGCGGUUAGAAGCCCUCAAGGCAGCAAUACCAGCGGAGGUGCUGCUGAGGCAGCAGGGCCGGACGGGGUUCAGCAAUCGCACUCAGAUCGCCACCCUUCUGGAUGCUGCCGUGGGUUUUAUUGAGGGAAUGCGCGAAUACAAGCUGGAGCUGGAGAGGCAGCUGUUGGCCUCAUAA